CUCAGUGCGCUCCUGUGCGGUAGGUGGAGCAACGUACUCUGUAUCUGUGGUCCACACACGGCGAACUCGCUGAAGAAUAAGUACAGUGUCCUUUCGGCUUUCCGUAUUCAGCGUGGGUCAAUGACAUUCCGGUAGCAGAGAUGGUUGUGUCAACUUUAUUCAGGUCUAUACGAGCAGAGCUCACUAAGGUCACCUUUCAGAAACACACUGUCCAGUGUGUGCGCAGCGCAGCAGAUAAAGCGCUCCUGGUAAAACUGCGUAAAGCCACCGGCUACACGUUCAUCAACUGCAAGAAGGCGCUGGAGAAGUUUAACAACGAUAUUUCUCAGGCAGAAAACUGGCUGCAUGAACAGGCUCAGAAGGAGGGAUGGAGCAAAGCAAGCAAACUGGAGGGCCGGAGAGCCAAAGAAGGACUGAUUGGUCUGCUGAUGAGGGAUAAUGCAGCUGUCAUGGUGGAGGUAAACUGUGAGACUGAUUUUGUGGCAAGGAAUGAAAAGUUUCAGCAGCUGGUGCAGGAUGUUGCUUUGGCUACAAUGGCUCAUCAUUGCAGCAAGGUGCACAGCGGAUAUAGAAAGAGUGUGCUGUCUGCUGAAAACCUUGCUAAGCUCACCAUGGUGGAGGGUCCCUCAGUGGCAGAUCAGAUGGCACUGACUAUAGGCCGUUUGGGUGAGAACAUUUCUGUAAGGCGGGCUGUGUCUGUAGGUGUUCCUGCUGAUUGGCACAUUGGCUCGUAUGUCCAUGGAGCGGUUACAGGACAGAGCAGCAUGCCAAUGGGGCGCUAUGGUGCGCUGCUUGUGUUCCAGGGUGGGCCUGAAGGACAGGCAGAGGCAUUUGGAAAGAAGCUGGGACAGCAUAUAGUGGGGGAGGCUCCUGUUACUCUAGGAAACAUGGAGGAUCUACCUUGUGGAGAAUCUGAGACACGACUUUUACCACAGACCUUCCUGCUAGAGCCCAAAUACACUGUGGGACAGUACCUCACCUUGCAUAAUGCACGUGUGCUCGACUUUAUACGCUACAAAUGUGGUGAGAGCACCACUCAAGAAGUGGAGUGAGCAAAGACCACACUGUGUUGCAAUAGGAUGACAGUCUGCUUGUAUAGUCAUGCUACACUUGUGAACCAGUCAAGACCCAUACUAAGGCAAAAGCAAUAUUUGAAUGUGCCUGAGGAGCACAGCACAUUAAUUGUAUCAGCUCUGGUCAUUAAAAAGAGUAUUCAAUCACAGAGAAACUCAAAGUACCAAAAUGAAAUACCUUUUUUCAAGGCCUACACUGUUAAGAGAAAUGAAAAUAACUUAUUUUGGCCAGAGACUAAAGGUCUGACAUAUGUAUAGCUAUAAAAUCCUGCUCAUAUUUUCAACAUCAAAUGAGCUGAAUCUCCACAUUCAAAAUAAAACAUUUUAUGUAGCACA